CAACACACCACUCUCUCUCUCUCUCUCUCUCUCUCUCUCUCUCUCUCUCUCUCUCUCUCUCUCUCUCUCAAGAUGUCUAGACUCACUCCUCCUCCUCUACUCUCCGUCAACCUUCCCAUCAUGGACAAAACACCCGACUCCGAGUUAACCCCAACUCCACUCGGUUUCCCAAACGAGUUCCCUUACGAGUUCGACUCUCCAGCAUUCUCCCCUGGCUUCACCUCCCCCGGUAACUCCACCGAGACCGAAGACGAGAGCAGCGACGACGAGGAAGACUUCCUCGCCGGUUUAACUCGCCGACUCGCUCCCUCCACUCAGCGCCUCCCUCCUCCUACCUCCUCCAAGUCCGAGGAGAAACGCCAGGUGGCGGCAGCAACUUCGCCGCAGUCAACGCUGAGAAGUCCUAUCGCUCCACCGUCGCAUGCGGCCCAUACGGCGCCGUUUAAAAGAGACAAUGCGUGGGAUGUCAUCUCUGCCGCGGCUGGAGAAGUCGCCAGGCUCAAACUCGGAAGCUACGACGAGCCUCACCUUCCCCGCGAAAGCCCAAGUCUCGUCCUCCGCCGCCAAAACGCUGCGUUUCAAGCCGAACGCUAUAUCAACCAGCAGCAGCAGCGUCUUCUUGACCAGAUGUGGCUCUGUUCUCAGACGAGAACCAAGUCCUCUGAGAAUCACUUCGCGAAGAGACUAGUGAACGAAGAAAUCGCGUUUCAAAACCUGAGAGUCUUGAGACGCAAUGCUUCAUCCAGCGCCACGUGGAUGAUGCCUCAACAAGCAGUGACUCCUCAGAAACGUCCUUCCACCGGUACCGGAGUUUUUAUUCCCCGGCGAUACCCAACUACAGAGACCAUCAAGAAGUCAGCACCAGUCAGCAGAACCGCUAUGCCGCAAUCGAAAGUCUCUACUCCGCAGACUCUGAACUUUGAUGAGUUCACCAACGUGGGGUCAAGACUCAGCCAGUUUGACUACGAGUGCAUGUUAGCGAGAAGUACACUACUUGCGCGUCAGGGAAAUUUCAGAGCAGUUGGUCGUCUGAAUCAAGAAAGACGUCUUCCUCAAGACUGGAUGUAUUGAAGCUGUUGUUCUGUCUGAGAAGUUUGGUGAAUCAGGACUCAGGAGCGUAGUUAGAAGUUGUGUGGUUUUAGGUUAUAAGCUGAGAUUGUUGUGUUAUGAUUAGUGAUAAUAAGGAUAAUAAUUAGAAUAAAGGUUGGGAUAUUACAAGUUUGUUACAUUUUUACAUUUUUAGUAACUAAGACAAUGCUCUCUAUGAUAUUUUUGUUGACCUUGUGAGGGUUUAAGGGAGAUGGGUUGUGUCGGGUACUAUUAUUAUUAUUUUUUUCACUUUGGUUGACAUGGAAAAUUCAAAAUUUGCUGGGUGGGGGAGUUUUUGUUUUGUACUAAUUUUAAUAGUUUUCUCCUAUAUUUGGAGGAUUUAAUGUUGUAAUAAAAACAUUGGAAUUACUUUGUUUGUUUAAUAAAAUUAUUAUGAAGCAGCUAA